AUGAUAAAAAGCAGAUUACUUUAAAGAAGUUCUUCUAAACUAACACAAUCUCAAACCUCUUUGAUGAACCAAUCAAUGACUAUGUAAUCAAUUAUUUAAUUUAUGAUGAAGGGUUAACAGUAUUAGAAAGUAAUCAUCUAAUUUUUCAUUGGACAAACAAAUUGAAGAGAAUGGAACUGCAAAAUUAAUUAAAAGAAUCACUUAAAAAUAAACUCAUAGAAGCAUAGAUGAUAUUUCAAGAUUGCUACCUUUAAAUAUCAAUAAUGUUUAUAAUGAUUUUGAAGAUAAUUUUAGAGUUAUCAGUGAAUUCAAUAAAGUCAAAUAAGAAUUACCACAGCCAAUUAAAUAAGAAAUUGUAUAAAUAAACAAUUCUAAUUUUCUAAAAACAGCAGAUGGUCUAAAUUUGUGCGAUUUACAUGCUGAGAAGCUAAAUCGAAUCUAAAUUUAUAGAUUUAAAUUUUAUUAUUUUAGAGCUAGAGUAAAAAAUAAGCUAAGUCCAUUAUCAAUAUAUUUUACAUUUCCAAACCACUCACAAAAUUAGAUAUACAAAGUGUUUUUAUCAACCAGUGUAGAAUUUCCAACAAAGUUUAAUUGCGAACAAUCUACAUCGAGUAGAUCAAUCAAAAUGAAAACUAAAUCAGGUACCAAAUUUUUUUUUGAGGAUUAUACUUUCAUGACUUUAUAUGCUGAGUCAGAUUUCAUCAUCAGUAUUCAUUUAGUGUUUGGAGAGUUACAUAAUUCAACUUUGAAUGAGAAAUAAUAAGAACCUCAAAGACAUUUCAAAUAUUGGGAUGAUAAAUAGAGUGUAUCACCUAAAAAAGAUAAAAUUCUAUAAAACUUAGAUCAAUCUCGAUAUAAAAGUACUUAUAAACUUAAAGAGUUUUUAAAGGGAGCAGGUAUUAAUCAAAAUAAUAAACUUAAUAGAAGUGAGUGCCAAAAAGAUGAUUUCAGUAGUUGAAAAAGGAAAACAAAUAGUAAAAGAGAAAUAAGAAGAAAGAAGUAUUAAAAUGAUGGUAAAAUCCUAAAUACAAGAAUUUCGCAAAGUUGAAAAAAGCAUUUUAUAAUAAAAACUCGAAAGGCAGAAUUAAUGCUAAUGUUGGGAAUAAAUAAUUUCUUUAAUUAACAUUGCUAGAUUUGCUAAUAAUAUUUUACAUGUAAUUAUUCCUAAAUAACAUAGGAAAGGAAAAGAUAACUUAGAAUUUAGGCAAAAGCAAAGCUAAUAGUAUUAAGAAUAAAAACUAAACUAUUGAUAGAAGUGUAAUAAUUCGGACAUAAUCCAUUUGAAAGAUGCACCAAUAAAUCUUUACUCCUAUUAAAGACUAUGAGUAUCCAUCUGUAAGAAAAAUCUAAAUUAAGAGCUUAAAGAAUUACUACUGACUUUUUGAAAAAAACUUUAAUCUUUUAAACUGCUGUAAUAGCUCAUACUAAAAUGGCUUCAAAAGGUAUGAUAUAUUUAAUGUAGUAAGAAUGAUUAUUAAAGCCUUUAAAGCUAAAAAGUUUUAGAAACGCGCCUUUAAAGAUAAAUUUUGGAGACUAAUUAAAAAUUAUUUUGGUCAAAACAAUGAGACUUCGUUGUUUACUACUUCUUAAGUCAAAACAGUUUAAAUUGAUAAAUCUGCCAUGUCAAAAGUUAUUGAAUAAUAUAUACACAACCGAAAAUUAUUAUGGUUUAAGUCUUUUAAGGAAAGUAAGAGCUUAGACUCAAAAUAAAAUCACGUACCAGUAAUACAAAUAUACUAAUUACCAAAUGAUAAAGAAUUUUCAUAGAUUAUGAAGGAUUACUAUAUAUUAAAAAAAUUGAAUUGA